ACUAACGCCUCAGCCCAUGAGUCAGUCUUUCGUGCGCCCCGAAAGACUCACGUCGUGGACCCUCACUCCGCCUUUGUUUCUGACCUCCAACGUUUGAGAUCGUAUUCCUUGUUUGAUUCCUGAACUCCUCCAUUCAUCCAUUCAUUCAUCAUGCCGUCAGACUACGCCAAGAAGAAGGCGGCCAAAAAGAAGGAACUCUCUAAGGGCAAAGGAGGCAAGAAGGGCUCCAGUGCCACGGAAACACCCGAGGACACACCCACCACCACCAACGGCACCAACACACCCACUCAGGAGAAUGGCCAAGGCAUCACGGAAGAGGAGGAACUGUGCAGUUUGUUGGAAGAGCAAUCUCGUUUGGCCGCCGAUGCUCGAGCCUGUACCGGCGUGUUGGGCAUCCAUCCCAUGUCCAGGGAUAUUAAGAUUGAUAACUUCUCGAUCACCUUCCAUGGAGCCGAACUCUUGCUAGACACCAAAUUGGAGUUGUCGUGCGGUCAACGCUAUGGCUUAAUCGGUGCCAACGGCUCAGGCAAGUCGUCUCUCUUGGCCGUGUUGGGUAAUCGUGAGGUGCCCAUUCAAGAUCACAUCGACAUCUAUUACUUGUCUCGUGAGAUGCCCGCCUCCGAGACUACGGCCUUGGAAGCAGUCAUGAAGGCCGAUUCUGAGCGGAUCAAACUCGAGAAAUUGGCUGAGGAAUUAGCUCUGCUCGAAGAUGAUGAAUCUCAGGAUUAUCUUAUGGAGGUGUAUGAACGUUUGGAUGAGUUGGGUGCUGACACGGCGGAGGCCAAAGCUUGCGGGCUACUGAUGGGCCUGGGCUUCACCAACGCCAUGAUGCAUAAGAAGUGCAAGGACUUCUCGGGAGGAUGGAGGAUGCGGGUGGCGUUAGCCCGUGCUCUCUUCAUCAAACCACAUCUCCUUCUCUUGGACGAGCCGACCAAUCAUUUAGAUUUGGAGGCCUGCGUGUGGUUGGAAGAGGAGCUCAAGAACUACAAGCAGAUCUUGGUCAUGAUUUCGCAUUCUCAGGAUUUCAUGAAUGGCGUGUGCAGCAAUAUCAUUCAUCUGGACAAGAAGGUGCUGACGAGCUACGGCGGUAACUACGACGUGUUCGUACGGACUCGAUUGGAAUUGCUGGAGAACCAAGCCAAGCGAUACCAAUGGGAACAGGAUCAGAUCGCUCACAUGAAGAACUACAUUGCUCGAUUCGGUCACGGUUCGGCCAAAUUGGCCCGUCAAGCCCAAUCCAAAGAGAAGACCUUGGCCAAGAUGGUGGCCGGUGGAUUGACCGAGAAAGUCGGAGCCGACAAGAACAUUAGCUUCUACUUCUACUCUUGUGGCGAGAUCCCACCUCCAGUUAUUAUGGUUCAGAAUGUCAGUUUCCGAUAUAGCGACGAUACCGAUUGGAUUUACCGAAAUUUGGAAUUUGGUUUGGAUCUAGACACCCGGUUGGCUUUGGUGGGUCCCAACGGAGCUGGCAAAUCCACCCUACUCAAACUCAUCUAUGGCGAUUUGAUCCCUACUGAAGGCAUGAUCCGACGACACAAUCACUUGAAAUUCGGCCGAUACCACCAACAUUUGCACGAGCUCCUGGAAAUGGAUAUCAGUGCUAUCGAGUACAUGAUGAAGAACUUCCCGGAGCUGAAGGAACGCGACGAUGUUAGACGCAUUCUCGGCCGCUACGGCAUCACGGGCAAACAACAGACCUGUGCCAUCAAACAGUUAUCCGAUGGUCAACGGUGUCGAGUGGUAUUCGCUUGGUUGGCUUGGCAAACCCCUCACAUGCUUCUCUUGGACGAACCGACCAAUCACUUGGAUAUCGAGACCAUCGACGCCUUGGCCGAGGCCAUUAACAACUUCGAAGGAGGACUUGUCCUCGUUUCUCACGACUUCAGACUCAUUAAUCAGGUGGCUGACGAGAUUUGGAUCUGUGAGAAGCAAACGGUGACGAAAUGGGAAACGGACAUCUUGGAAUACAAGGAACAUCUGAAGAGCAAAGUUCUGGCUUCGAUCUACAAGGAGGCCAAGAAGAGCUCGAAGCCCGCAUCCAAAUCCAACGGAUCCAGUUCGAGAGGGGCGUGGUAAAGAGAACAACUCUGUCGCCCAACAUUUCCAUACAGGCUUAAAAACCCGUCAACACCAUUUUUACCAACUCCACGCCCACUCCACUCCCUUAAUUACAAUUACAAUGAACCGUUCGUUCUUUUGCUCGUUGUGGCGGGCGAAAUCCUAGAGAACGUGUAUAAAACACACACACACACACUCGCUCCAUAUUGAAAUACAUUAUUUCUGUGAAGUAGACAAAACAA